AUUCAAGAUCAAGAUUUAAUUAAAUUUUACAAAAUAUUAAUUAUAUAUAAAAAUAAUAUUUUAUAUACUUAUCUCUCUUGUUUUUAUUGAUAUUAUAGAUUAUAAUUAUUAAAAGUAUUAUAUAAACAUUAUUUUUAACAUUAGCAUGUAUAAAGAGUAAUAGUGAAUUUAAUUUAAUAAGAGUCAAUAAUGUUCCUGAUAAAUAUACAAAGAAAUAUACAUCAUAGCUCUUUCUAUGAUUAGUGCAUUUUUUCAAAAGUAUUUUUAUCAUCUUCAAAUAUACAAAUUAUUAAAUCUAAUAAAAGUGACAUUAAAUUAUUUGUAAAUUUAAUAAAAUAAAAGAUUGUUAUGGGUACAUAUAUAAGAUUACAAUAACUUAUAGUAUUUCUUAAUUAAUAGAAAUACUAUCAAUGUAUAGUUGCAAGAAAAUUAAGACAUUAAAUAAUUUUAAAAUAAGUUGCUGAAAAAAGUAUUAUCUUCUUUUUAUAUAAUAUUAAUAUAACUUACACCUAUCUGACAAAAAAAAAGAAAUCUGUUAUUUCUUCCUAAUCUAAGGUUCUUUUUUUAUGGAUAAGAUGGCGCUGUAAUAUUUAACACACAAAAUUUAAUCACGAAAACAUAGAAAUACAACGACGCUAGCUUCACGAAACGAUUAUCAAUUAUUGUUUUGUAAUGAUCUAAUAAUAAAUAUAAUUAACGUUUAAUCCUUUUAAUUUUAGAUAAAACGAUUCAAUUUAAUACGUCCUCGAUCAAAUCUCAUAAAGCGUACAAAUUGUGCAAUACUCAUAAACAUAUACUUUAUAUUUUAAUAAUUCAAUUUCAUGUUAAUUAGAAGAUCAUAAAACGCAAAACAUUUUUCGUUAUUACACGUCUUAUUUAACACAAUUCUCGAAUAAAUAUUGAGAAUAAAUGGAAUAUCAAAAAUUAUUGGAUUCCGUCGAUAUUUUAGGUUACGCGGGAAUAUGCACAAGCACGGAAUUUUCUCAGCUUUUAAAAAAUUCCCUCUUGAUAUUGCAAAAAGAAAAUCACUUUCGUAAAUGUUAUUAUUGGGGGAAAAUAAAUGGCAUACAAAAAGAUUAUCACAUUGCUUUUGGAUAUAAAAAAGAUUGUAUGAACGGACAAAUAUAUUACUACAGUAUGGAUGGAUUAAAUUGGUUGUUAUUACCGAAGUCACCAAAGUAUGCAAAAUUUUUAACACCCCUGGCCAUUAACAAAUUCGAAGGAGAACCAUCAAUCGUUACAAACGUUUACGAUUCCAAUCCACCAUUUCCAUCAAACGAAGAUCCUAAACAAUAUUACAACGGACCUAUACCAAAGGAAUUAAAGGAAGAAGAUCGUUUGGCAACCAUUGUCGAAACGAUUACGGAAGAUGCAGUAAUUAUUCCUCGUGGUGGAUGGUUCAAAUGUUCAAGCGGAGACAUCAUAGAAAACAUAGCAUUCGAGGGAUUAGAUUUAACAGACGCGUCCAAUCUUAAAUCCUAUCUACAUGCACGUCCACCUCAACAAAAAUGGAAUACCAAUUUAUUAACAAGACCUGAUUACAAUUAUGCCACUGAUUUUCUUGAUACCAUUGAUCUGGAUGUUCCUCAUGGAUGCUGGAAUCUGCAACUUAUUUUGGAAGCACGUUUAAUUAUCCUACACAAUUUAUAUUGGCCUGGAAUGACAUUUUAUCACAAAUUGAAUACUCCUCAUUACGGUUUUUUAUACGUCGGAAAUGGUAAGAAGAAUAUGGAUUUACCUUUUAUGGUGUAACGCAAUAAUAAAUAAAUUGGUAGAAUAAAUCUCC